CCGACAGUCGCUCAGUUGAGUUGGGACAUUGUACCGUGUGGACGAGAGGAUGGAUAUACUCAGGACUAUCUCUCACCCACCUGUUCACAACAAUAACAACAACAAGAUGUGCGAUCACACGCAGUACAAAGCAAGCGAGACGAGACAUGGAAAGGUAGAGGAUAGCGCGCACCCCACGCAGGAAAUGUCACGGAUCAUAUCGGACUGCAGCACGGGGAAAUGCUACUGUAGAGGAAAAGUUCUCGGCAAGGGUGGCUUUGCCAAAUGUUACGAAUUUACAGAUCUCUCCUCAGGCAAAGUGUAUGCUGUAAAAAUUAUCCCACACACGCGUGUCUCCAAACCCCACCAAAGGGAAAAGAUCGACAGAGAAAUUGAAUUGCACAGAGCCCUUCAUCACAAACACAUCGUCCAGUUCUAUUACCAUUUCGAGGACAAGGACAAUAUUUAUAUACUUCUGGAACACUGUAGUCGUCGAUCAUUGGCGCACAUCCUGAAAGCACGCAAGGUCCUCACAGAACCAGAGGUUCGGUACUACCUGAGACAGAUUGUGUCUGGAUUGAAAUAUCUCCACGAACAAGAAAUUCUUCACAGAGAUCUGAAAUUAGGCAACUUCUUCAUUAAUGAAGCAAUGGAACUCAAGAUAGGAGACUUUGGCCUGGCAGCUAAGCUAGAACCGGUGGAAAACCGGAGAAGAACGAUUUGUGGAACCCCUAACUAUCUGUCUCCUGAAGUUCUCAACAAGCAAGGUCAUGGCUGUGAAUCAGACGUCUGGGCACUCGGCUGUGUCAUGUACACAAUGCUUUUAGGCAGACCUCCGUUUGAAACCACCAAUCUGAAGGAGACAUAUCGGUGCAUACGGGAAGCACGGUACACCAUGCCAUCCACACUGUCUCCACAAGCCAGGCAUCUCAUUAGCAGCAUGUUAGCCAAGAAUCCAGAGCACAGACCGAGACUUGAUGACAUCCUAUGCCAUGAGUUCUUCAGCCAGGGUUUUACCCCAGACAGGUUGUCUUCCAGUUGCUGUCAUACAGCGCCAGACCUCCAACACAGUCCUGCCAAGAGCUUCUUUAAGAAAGCUGCUGCUGCUCUGUUUGGUGGCAGGAAGGACAAAGCAAAGUACUUAGAAACAAUAACUAAACUGACAAAAGAGGAAGAGGACAUCCACAAACUGCGACAUGACCUCAGGAAGGCCUCAGUCAGUAAUCAGCCUUCCAGGCAAGCACCUGAGGACAGUAAGCCACCGGUCCAACCUACCGGAAAGCCAGUCGUGUCUGCCAAGGAUGGGGGAAACAAGCAACAGAUUCGUGACACCAUCCGCAUGAUCGUGCGAGGCACUCUGGGAAGCUGCAGCAGCAGUAGUGAAUGCCUGGAAGAUAGUACGAUGGGCACCGUAGCAGACACUGUUGCCAGAGUACUCAAAGGCUGUCUGGAGAAUAUGUCAGAAGCUAAUGAGAUUUCAAAAGAGAGCCUGAACUGCAGUCUUCAGUGGGUGACUAAAUGGGUGGACUACUCCAACAAGUAUGGAUUUGGUUACCAGUUGUCGGACCACACAGUUGGUGUCCUUUUUAACAACGGCACCCAUAUGAGUCUGCUAGCAGAUAAGAAGACGGUCCAUUACUAUGCAGAGCUGGGUCAGUGCACAGUCUUUCCUACCAGUGAGGCUUCGGAGCAGUUUGUCAGCCAGGUCACCAUCCUCAAGUACUUUGCACAUUAUAUGGAGGAAAAUCUAAUGGAUGGUGGUGAUUUGCCCAACGUGACUGACGUCAGCAAACCCAGGCUGUACCUCCUUCAGUGGCUCAAAUCGGACCGUGCCCUCAUGAUGCUUUUCAACGAUGGCACAUUUCAGGUGAACUUCUACCACGACCACACCAAGAUCAUCCUGUGCAGCCAGGACGACGAAUACCUGCUAACAUACAUCAACGAAGAGCGUGUGUCCACCACGGUGCGCCUCAGCACCCUGCUCCAUUGUGGCUGCUCGUCGGACCUGCGCAGCCGCAUGGAAUACGCCCUCAACAUGCUUCUGCAGAGAUGCAACUGAACGCGCACGACGACUCAUGAGACUUUGUUUGUUGCUUGGUGGACUUUCUUAUGGACCUCCGUUGAUUGGAACUUAAGUUAGGGCUACAGAGGUGUGGCAAUGGAUUUGAGGUACAAGUGGUACACUGGUCCUCUCCCAAAAAAUUUAUAUGGACUUCUAAAAACAAGAAGAUCGAGAAAGCUGGGCUGGAUCCAGAAGAUACCAUUAAAUGACAUUUUUUAUAAGAACAUAUGCAGUAAUCUUGGCCUGCUGAAGCUGGGAUAUUAGCAUUUAUUGUGUACAUAGAAAUGGCUUCAGUGGCGCAGGGUGAUGUUGUGUAGCUCUGUUUGGAGCAGACCACUGUAAAACUGUGAAUGCAUUCAACAUCAGGAUGAAAUGGCCUUUAACCAGUGCCGUAGUUUUGUGUGGGUGGCUCCAACUGCCACCCAUAAUCACUGUUCGGGGAAAAAGGAUAACGAUCCAGACCUUAUCUCUAUAAUUGAAUAGAGAGACGUACACAAGCGUGCCAUGGAUGUAAGUUAUUAUUUGUAAACAGUAUUUAUUUAUUUAAUAAAGUUAACCUUAAAUUCA